UGUAUCUUGAAUAUUCACCCCACCGUGUAUCUAGUUGGAUCAAUCUGGUCCGUAUUCUACUGAAGUAGCAACGUCAACAUGUCGGGUGGGAGUAAGAGAGAUCAAGCGAGCUCGUCGGACUGGUGGGGCUGGGGAGCUAGUUUGGUGGCAGAUCUGCAACAGCAGACUCAGGAACUUGUGGAAGCCACCAAGAGCGACCUGGGAGUGUUUGUGGAUACCGUCACCACCGAAUCGCAACACAUCGCACAGGACACGGCCAGUAUGACAGCAAUAACUAUAGCGAAGCAUGUGCCUAAAGAAGCGGAAGAGUUUUUCAACUCGCUCGAUCUUCCACAAAGUUCAUCCAGACAGCAACGACAGAAAGAUCAACCGAAGUAUGCGCCACCUCAGGGUGCGAGGGCUUCUCCAGCGAAGAAACCGGUCGCGCGAUAUACGAGGCGGGAUCUGCACAUAUUGCAGCUGCAAUCCACACCCACCACAUUCAUCACUGAUCCCGAGAACACCGAGGCCUUCCGAAAAUGGCAGAUAGAAAACCCAUUUAUGAGCCAGAGAAAAGCCGAAAUCGAGACGUUGCGGUCUCAAUCCAACAGCAUCGCCAACAUGGAAGCAAAUCUGGUGCCCAAUGCAGUCUCAUUCGAGGUGUUUUGGAAACGGUAUUUUUUUCAGCUGGAUAUGUUUGAUGGGGCAGUGCAGCAACGAGAGGAAAUCAAAAGGGCAAUGGAAUCCGAUCUUCAGAAGAAUGAUUCCGAGGGUUGGGGUGAUGAUGACGACGACUGGAGCGACGGAGAAAAGGGCUGGGAUGAGGGAGACACCGUCACUGUCAAAGACCCGUUGCCAAGUACGAGUAAAGUUUUGAAUACAGAGACAGAUACACCACACGAUGAUGGGUCUCAAAUUGAGAUCCCGUACAACGCGGCAACGGUGUGUGACCAAGCGAUGGAGAGGUCUGAUAAAACAAGUGCGGAGUGUGACAUUGAGGCAAACGAGCCCGAAUUAACAGGAGCGCCAGCGGCCCAAUCAGAUAUUUCAUCGGCGAUACGUGACACAGUAAACACAUCACUAGACACCCCAGCUGAAACGGCGGGCGAAGCAACAAGGGGGCUCGCAAAUGAAAGCCCCAACCACGACCCACACCCGCUGCAAGUGACUGGGCCAGAGGAUACAGAGGAAGCUGCAGAUCCUCAUGCAGAUGUACAUGCGGAGCACGAGCCACAACCGCAAUCGCACCUGCAAAUACCACAAUCCUCGGCACUCGCGUCUGACGGUGUGUUGUCAGCGGGCGACACGGGCAGCGAGCGCGACGACGAGACAAACACUAGUGCUUACGCCUAUGCUCACGACAUAGAAAGCGAAACUACCGCAUUCCCGGGGAGUGAGACUACUGAGCCCGAGUUGGAGACGGAUGGCGACCGGAGUGCGUGGGGCGAAGAGAGUGAGGACACAUUGUACCCUAAUUGGUCGCAUGCGGAGGACCAGGGCCAAUCGGAUGGGAAGAGAGCGAACUCCGCCAAUGUCAUGGAAGAAAUGGGCGGUGACGACCAAUGGGACGAGAGUGCGGAGGAUGGCUGGGGCGAGAGUGCGGCCGAAGACGGAGCAGCAUUGAGAUAUGUGAACAAGGAUGAUGGGGAUGAAGAUAGUGAUGUAGAAGAAUCGAGGAAUACAGUGGAUAUCCAACAGGAAGAUACAUUGCGCGGGUCUAAGGCCAACCAGGUCCAGCAGGCAGGGUCAGAGGUGCAAAGCCAAGCACCGGUACAAAGUCCAAAAGUGGACAAGGAAGCAGCAGCGGUCUCAGAGGGAUCGGAUUCCGAUUGGGAGAAAUGGGAGUGAUCCAGGCUGAGUACAUCAAAGUGCAAGCGCGGAAACAUACGCGCUGCUACCCCAAUUGGCCUGCUUCUGCUAUUGAUGGGUGUGUGAAUUGAAUACUAUCGGCAUAUACACCCAUUUAUCACUCUAUACAUCAAUAUUGACAAACAAAGGUAUCUUCAAUGCACACGUAAGAGACAUACAAGCAUAUUUUCUUACCUACGUGGUGAUUCUCGAUGUAUAUGCCAACGUGUACAUAUUCUUUGAGGCCGGUAGAUGAGUAUGUUCAUUUUAUUGAUAUUUGAGCCCAUUCUGGCGCAAUCAAUAGGAUUUAACGAAAUCUAUAUACACCCAUACACUUCUAUGCGCGUUCGAGUAGUCCAUGCGUCAC